CCGGGGAAUCGCAUUUCCGGGUGUGAUGGUCCUCGGUGAAGCGAACCCAGACGCCGCCGUUCAUGAUCCGUGUGGAGCCGUUGUCAAGCCGUGUCCUUGAUUCGUUUUAGUCAGGUUCCUGCGACCUACCAGCCAGGCUCCCGAGGAGAGGAGAGAGAAGUGGAGGGGACCGAGCGUGGGGGGUCAUCACACAGUUAGGCAUUUCAUAGGACUUACCCAUCAUUGGGAUGAGUAAACGACUUCAUCAUCUGGGAACAGGAGAGAUGCUUAAUAUUGCCACAUGUAGGACCAGCAUUUACAGGAGGAGCUGAGGGCAUGAAAUACAGCAGACACACUUCUUGGGGAUACUCCUUGGGGACGUUUUCACAAAUAGUUUGGAGCGUACCUGGGAUUUUAAUUUUGAAAAAUAACUUGUGAAGGACUGUUUGAGUAGAGAUACACGACUAAAUAAAUGUUGUGCUUAAAUCCAUCGACCACAUCUGACCUGCUCCAGAUUGUUGAGAAUUGUGGAGGCGCUUCAGUGAAAAAAAUGUGCAAUUAUGGGAUCGCCUUGCUAACCAUCACCACCUGCUCUCCUUGAUAAGCCAGCAAGACAGUGAGUCAGGGAGAAGGAAAAAAGGCCAACAUGAAGCUAAAGCAGCGAGUCGUGCUGUUAGCAAUACUUCUUGUCAUCUUUAUCUUCACCAAAGUUUUCCUGAUUGACAACUUAGAUACAUCAGCUGCCAACCGGGAGGACCAGAGGGCUUUUCACAGAAUGAUGACUGGUUUGCGGGUAGAGCUGGUGCCCAAGCUGGACCACACUUUACAGUCUCCAUGGGAAAUAGCAGCGCAGUGGGUGGUGCCCCGGGAAGUGUACCCUGAAGAGACACCAGAACUGGGGGCAAUCAUGCAUGCCAUGGCCACCAAGAAAAUCAUUAAAGCUGAUGUGGGUUAUAAAGGGACACAGUUAAAAGCUUUACUGAUACUUGAAGGAGGACAGAAAGUUGUCUUCAAACCUAAGCGGUAUAGCCGAGACUAUAUAGUAGAAGGAGAGCCAUAUGCUGGUUAUGAUAGACACAAUGCAGAGGUUGCAGCUUUUCAUUUAGACAGGAUUCUGGGCUUCCGCCGAGCUCCCUUGGUGGUUGGCAGAUACGUUAAUCUUCGGACAGAAAUCAAGCCUGUUGCCACGGAGCAGCUGCUGAGCACCUUCCUAACUGUGGGAAACAAUACUUGUUUCUAUGGGAAGUGCUAUUACUGCCGAGAAACAGAGCCAGCGUGUGCCGAUGGAGACACAAUGGAGGGGUCUGUUACGCUCUGGCUCCCAGAUGUGUGGCCGCUGCAGAAGCAUCGACACCCCUGGGGGAGGACUUACAGAGAAGGCAAAUUAGCCAGGUGGGAGUAUGAUGAGAGUUACUGUGAUGCUGUUAAGAAAACAUCCCCAUAUGACUCAGGCCCACGCCUUUUAGACAUCAUUGAUACUGCAGUCUUUGAUUACCUGAUUGGCAAUGCUGACCGACAUCACUAUGAGAGCUUUCAAGAUGACGAAGGCGCUAGUAUGCUAAUCCUUCUUGAUAAUGCCAAAAGCUUUGGGAACCCCUCGCUGGAUGAGAGAAGCAUUCUUGCCCCUCUCUAUCAGUGUUGCAUCAUUCGGGUUUCUACCUGGAACAGACUGAACUACCUUAAGAAUGGAGUGCUAAAGUCUGCCUUAAAAUCUGCCCUGGCCCAUGACCCCAUCUCCCCCGUGCUGUCUGAUUUUCACCUGGAUGCAGUAGACCAGCGGCUCCUGAAUGUCCUGGCCACCAUAAAGCAGUGCACUGACCAGUUUGGGAUGGACGCUGUGCUGGUAGAAGAUAGGAUGCCUCUCUCCCACUUGUGAUUUUCAACACAAAAUAAGUGAAACUUAUUUUUACGAAGAUAGAAAAACAGCACAAUCAACUCCAAAUGGCAUGAGACGGCUUGCAGGUGGUGGCCAAUGGCAAGUUCUGUUGGUAAAGGACAGGGUAGCGUUGGGUGUUUCUGGGGUUUUCUGUAGUAAGUAAGGCUUAAAGCAAAGACCAUGACCAUUAGAGCAUGAGCUGUUUCUGCAGAAUCAGCUGAAUUUCUUAGCACUUGCCCUUUCUAACAGUGGUCAGUCUUUAUAAAUCCCAUGCCAAAGGACAAACAGGUGUGGCAUUUGGAUAGGUAAAUGCUGGCACUGGCUUCAGAGUGUGUGUUUUGAGGUAAACUUUGCAGACGUUCUCCACACCUGUGGAUUUUGUAGAACUAUUUCACAGACUCUUGUCUUUUUUGUCCCAGGGCUAGUCAAAUUGGAAGGCUUACUGCCUCGUUCAGCAUGGCAGCAAAUUAAACCUUCAUUAUGUUGAGCCAAAAUAGCACACUCUGUUGAAGAGAUCCAUUUUUAAGAUAGAAUUGGAAGGAAAGACAAAGAGGAACAUGUUUAGGCUUUUAAACAAUUGGGUAUUGUAGUUUCGACUAACUCAGGGAAGGAAAGGAAAGAGACUCAUCUAGUAGAAUCAGAAUCAUCGAUUGAAAACAAGUUCCCCUCUAUUUCAGUUCUAUGUACUCCGUGGGUAAGUAAAAGCUGCAGAGCUACAGUCGUGUCCAGAUUAACCAAAAUAUUGUUUCUGUAGAAAAUACUCUUACAACUCAAGCACGAUUCCUUUUAUGGAGCUUUUUUCUUUUCCACCUUUUUGCCUAAAGUAGGCAAAUUCUAAUUAACAAAGCAAACUUUUGAUAACACCUUGAGUAAAGGUCAGGAAUUAUGGCAGUCUCUCCCAUCCUCAUUUCUCUUCUGAAGUAAAUUCCCCCCCACUGCUUUUGGACAUUUGGGCAUGAAAGUUGCUGUGCCCAGCAGAUCUGUAGUCCUGUUUUUGCCCUGUGAGAUAAUACAGCAGAUAAUACACCCCCUGCUCGAUGGUAGCUCAGCUUGGGAGUUAGGCCGUUUGAAGAUUAGAAUAAAAGAUUUCAGGCCUUCUGAGUCUUGAAAUUAAAGAAGUUACCAGAAGGAG